UGCAACUUCAACAAGUCUUCCUAAUCGAUUUUUGGAGAAUAUAAUCAAUCACACCAUAGAAGAUACUAAAUUACUUGUCCGAUCCGAGCGAGGCGCAGAGCUAGCUAGUUUUCUUAUUGGGUUGAUGAUGUCUUUGCAGAUGGAGAAGAAGAGCAAGAAGCAACAAGAACUCAAGCAUUUGGGGUUUGUGAGGUCAGCUUCAUUACUCCUGCUGGCAUGGAUGUCAAAGCUCUACGAGUUCAUGAAGCAGCAUUCGGGGCCGUUGCAGCCAACUCUGACGAGGAUUAGCAAUCCUGCUUAUGAGGAGUUCAAAGCCAUCUCCAAUGAUCUUAUUCUGUUUGCUGAUAAGAAGGUGGAUGAGGCUGUUCAGACUUUUGAUAAGAAUGCACCAUCUUAUGUGAAGAAAAUAGCAAGUUUUAUCAUUUGGUUGAUGAAAACUGCGAUGGAAAUCUUUGAAGAGGCUCGGAAAGGGGGGUUAAGUGCUGUUAAGCGUUAUGUUAGCCUACACAUUACACUAUUCAUUAUGUCUCAGUCUAUGAAGUCAUUGGGUAGACUAGGCUACCUGCCGCAAAUUCCAUUGUUCGGACAGUUCACUGACCAGUUGUCGAAGCUGUCUUCACUUCCAAUUGCUGGUCAAUUGGUCGGAAAUGUCACCGAUAUAGUUGGAGAUGCUGUCAAGAAGGGAUUUGGAUUGGCAGAGGAUGUGACCGAUGCCGUUGGAGAUGCUGCCAAGAAAGGUUUAAAGUUCGCGGACAAUGUCACUGACGCAGUUGAGGACAUAGCGAAGAAAGGCGUGGGUUUCGGUCAAUCUGUAGCAGAGAAUGUCACAGGCACAGUCGAAGACAUUGCCAAAACAGGCUUGGGUUUAGGACAGUCUGCAGUAGAGAAUGUCACUGGCACAGUUGAGGACAUUGCCAAGGCAGGCUUGGGUUUAGGACAAUCUGCAGUAGGGAAUGUCAAAGGCACAGUUGAGGACCUUGCCAAGACAGGCUUGGGUUUAGGACAAUAUGCAGUAGGGAAUGUCACAGGCACAGUUGAGGACCUUGCCAAGACAGGCUUGGGUUUAGGACAAUCUGCAGUAGGGAAUGUCAAAGGCACAGUUGAGGACCUUGCCAAGACAGGCUUGGGUUUAGGACAGUCUGCAGUAGGGAAUGUGACAGGCAGAGUUGAGGACAUUGCCAAGACAGGCUUGGGUUUAGGACAGUCUGCAGUAGGGAAUGUGACAGGCAGAGUUGAGGACAUUGCCAAGACAGGCUUGGGUUUUGGUCAAUCUGCAGUCGGGAAUGUCAUCGAUUUUCUUCCAUUCCGUUCUCCAGAAAAGAAAAACAAACCAUCCAAGUAGAGCAGUGAAGCAAGAAUGAGAGUAGAAAAAUAGAGGACCCUCGUAGUCUUUGAUCCCCCGAAUCAAAAUAAAGUUGUUUUUCUUGUGUUUGACAAUUGAUUAAUAAGGCAGUUCGUGUAGAUUGCAAUUAGUAUCGUCAGUGGAACAACCUAUUGUACGCUGCUUUUUCCAUUUUGCAAAUCUUGCUACACGUUCUUGUCCUGCAUUUUGAUCCAUGAUAUAUAGAUAAUGAGAGACAUUUUUGGAAAAAUCAGCAGCUACUGAUAUACGAUCCAACCGAUAUGAUGCCAUACGGCCCAGAUCGAAUGUACUUAGUUGCUGUGUAAUCAUGAUCAUUAGCGGUUCUUAUGUGUUUAAUUUGAGUUGGCAA